AUGAACAAGAAGUAUGUGUAUUGGGAGAAACAGGGCAACGACCGUAUGUGCGGUCUUCAUUGCAUAAACGCCAUCCUGCAGGGUCCUCACUACAGCGAAGACGUCGUGGCCACCAUCGGUAGAGAAAUCGACGAGAAGGAACGGGAGUUCCUGAAGAGCAGCGGAGGAGCUGGGGAAAAUGAUAUGAAUGAACUGAUGAGAAGGAAUUCAUCCAACGUCUUGGACGACGGAUUUAUAAAUAUCUCAGUUCUCAUUGAAUGUUUAAGGAGAAAAAAUAUUUCUGUAAAAAAUACAUUUGAAGAUGACUUAAAAAAAAUUUUAUCAAGUGACCACCAAGACAUAGGGUACAUUUGUAAUUUGCAGCAACACUGGUUCUGUAUAAGAAAAAUAUACAACACAUGGUAUGUUUUGGAUAGCUUGAAAAGUGGUCCCCUCUACAUAAAGGAUAUCAAUUUAAAAUAUUAUUUCAAUGAUAUUAUUAAUAAGUACCAUGUGUUUUCUGUUCAGAACAUGAAUCCUUAUGUGUCUUUACCGAAAGCGGAUAUUAAUUUUGUAACUAGGAAUCGUAAUCAAUUUUAUUUAUGCACAAGUGAGAUUUCUGAAAUAUCUGGAGUAUCCUCCAAUGGGUUUAUAAUGGAAGAAAGGGUUAGUUCCGGUAGCCCUGUGGACAAGAGCUCUUUUUUUUCGUCCACUGGAAAGGAUAAACCUAAUAAGUUUAAGUGGCCCGAGGGUGGGGGGCGGAAGUUGAAUGACCAAGAGGGGAGCGAUCUCGUGGGUGUUGGUGGAGGCGCCUUUCCCUCCUCUGUGAAUGAUCCGGACGAUGAGCUACAGAUGGCUCUUCGGCUCUCCAUGGAGGAGUACGUUAAGAAUUUACCACCACCACCACCAGAAGCAUCCACUGCGGAAAAUUGCAUUAACAUUAUGAUUAAACUUUCGAAUGGGAAAAUCCACAGGCGGUUCUGCAACACGGAGACCUUGGCGGACAUCUUCUAUUGGCUCGAGUACGAAUGGGUCAACGGUCUGGAGCUAGGUCCUUCUCUGCUACUCAGAAGUAGCUACAACCUUUACCAAAUAUAUCCGCGGAGGAAGUUUUGCAAGUACCAAAAUGGGACGAUAGAGCUGCAGACGGGGGAUAAGGUGGAACAAGUGCAGGACACACCCCUACUGGACUUGAAGUUCGAGAAGGAAGAGUCGUUCAUAUUGUCUUAA